AACGAUUCCAACAAGGGCAGAUAAUUAUUGCCACACGUUGGACCGGUCUUGACAGCUGAAUCGAAUUGACUUAAAAAUGGUGUUAGACAUUGAAUUAUUCCGUGCAGAGAAGGGUGGAGACCCAUCUAAAAUUCGCGAGAACCAAGCAAAAAGGUUUAAAGAUGUGACUUUAGUUGAUAAAGUCGUUGAACAUGACAAACUGUGGAGAAAAGCAAGAUUCUUGGCUGAUUUGCUCAAUCAGAAGAAAAACAUGUGUAGUAAAGUUAUAGGAGAAAAAAUGAAGAACAAAGAACCACAAGGAGAUAAUGAAUCAUUACCAGAUGGCUUUGCAGACGCAAUAGAAAAUCUAACAGCUGACCAUGUAAAGACAUACACAGUCGUACAAAUUAAACAGAUCCGAGUUAUGAUUGAUGACCUUAUGAAGAAAAACGAUGACACAGUAAUCCUCCAUGAAAAAGAAAGAAAUGAUUCAAUGAGAGAAAUAGGAAAUCAUCUCCAUGAAUCCUGUAUUAUCAGCAAUGACGAGGAUGAGAAUGGGAUUGAAAGAAUGGUUGGAGAUUGCACUACAAAAAAGAAAUAUUCUCAUGUAGAUUUGGUUGUCAUGGUUGACGGCCAUGAGGGAGAUAGAGGAGCAGUUACUGCUGGGGGUAGAGGAUACUACUUGAAGGGAGCCUUAGUAUUUUUGGAACAGGCACUAAUUAAUUUAUCUAUGAAGAUGUUACAUAAAAAGGGCUAUGUCCCUCUCUAUACUCCAUUCUUCAUGAGAAAGGAAGUCAUGCAGGAAGUGGCACAGUUAGCUCAGUUUGAUGAAGAAUUAUAUAAGGUUGUUGGGAAAGGAAGCGAAAAGCAAGAUGAAUCUACAAUUGAUGAAAAAUACUUAAUAGCAACAUCUGAACAACCGAUUGCAGCUUAUCAUCGAGAUGAAUGGAUACCCACCGAAAGCCUACCAAUCAAAUACUUAGGCUACUCCACAUGUUUUAGACAGGAAGUAGGAUCUCAUGGAAGAGAUACCAGAGGAAUAUUUAGAGUUCAUCAGUUUGAAAAGGUAGAACAGUUUGUACUUACUUCCCCACAUGAUAACAAAUCUUGGGAGAUAUUUGAGGAGUUGAUUGGGAAUGCUGAAGAAUUUAAUAAGGUCCUAGGCAUACCUUACAGAGUUGUUAAUAUUGUCUCAGGUGCUUUAAAUCAUGCGGCAUCUAAAAAGUUAGAUCUAGAAGCCUGGUUUCCUGGUUCUGGUGCAUUUAGGGAACUGGUCUCCUGUUCAAAUUGUUUAGAUUACCAGGCUAGAAGGUUAAAGGUCAGAUAUGGACAAGUGAAGAAAAUGAAUCAAGAGGCUGAGUAUGUACACAUGUUGAAUGCCACAAUGUGUGCCACAACUAGAGUUAUAUGUGCAAUUUUAGAAAAUAACCAAACAGAAGAUGGAGUGAUAGUGCCUGAAGUCCUUAGAGAUUUUAUGCCUGAUGGGUUUAAAGAAAAGAUUCCAUUUGUUAGACCAGCACCAAUUGAUCAAGAGGAGACAAAGAAACAGAAAAAAACAAAAGAAGGGGGGAAGAAAAAGGAGAAAAAGAAGGAAGUAACAGAUGGAGUGCAAGAAAUGUCACUGGACAAUUAGACAAUAAUAUUUAAUAUUAAAUUAAAUCUGUGCUCAGUCACUGUGAUAGUUCUUAGCUUCAGUAUAUGUGAUUUGGUGAUGGAAAUCAUAGAAAAGAUCAGAUACUCUAACAGUUUUUACAUAGUUGUUAUUUUACAUUCCAAUGGUCUCCCCCUUUUGAAUUACUUUUCAACGCCAGUAGACUUCUCAUGAUUUUAUUAAUAUAUUGCAAAUACAGCUAAGGAUAUGUUAUUCUUUAUAUCAGGAGAUACAACUCUAAAUUCUCUAAUUAUUUAGUGCGUUCAUUAUCCUUGCCAUUGCUGAACUAUGCACAAAACUGUAAGAUUAAUAAUUGCUAUUUAAGGAAAAACCUACAAAUCGUGCUAUGAAAAUUGCUAUAAAAAAUGGAAGUUUAUAAUUUUGUGAUCAUCACAACUUUCCCAACAUGCCCUAUGAUCAAAACUGCAACAAUUUGUGGUAUCUUUUUUUGGUUUUUAAUGCAACAUUAUUAUUUUUUUAUAAUUGAACUGCUAGGUGGACAAGUGGUCUUAGAAAUUCAUUGACAGAGACUAUUAGCCUGUCAACACUGAGGUUGGGAGUGUCAAAUCUGUUCAUGGCAUAUGCACUUGACUUCUAUCAUAAUUGAUAGGAUUACCAGUUUAUCAGUGGUAUCUCUAUCUGCUAAUGUUUUCCCACCUUUUGUACUGACAGUCGUUUUCAACGUAAAAUAAACCAAUUGAUCAAUCUUUAUAUUUUGAAGCGAUAUUUAUUAAGGUAGAAUGCAUGAAAAGCUUUUAAUAAACUGCCUUUAGAUUG